AUGGCGAACAACGUGGGGCUGAAGCCAAUUCAUGGAUAUGACAAGAAGACGUAUAGAAAAAGCAUGCAGCAAUUCGCGACCGAACUCCAAAACGCCGCGAACAGGAGCUUGCCGCCGAACAUCAAACCCUACAAUGGCGUUUUCGUAUUGGCUAUGCAUUGGUCAAACGACAAGACAGGGGUUGCUCCAUUAGAGGACGAAUUGUGCCAAAUCUUCACCUCAGUGUACGGAUACACUGUGGAAAAGUAUCUUAUCGACGCCACGAUUCGGCAGUAUGACACUCGCAAGCAGCUCCGCAAACGAAUGGAAAGAUUUUCAGACGAUUACGACCAACCAGGGAAUCUGCUCAUUGUGGUGUACUCUGGGCACGCUGCUUAUAUAAAUCCCCGUGGUGAACGUGUCCUCGCUGGUGAAUAUAGUGAUAUCGACAUCAACUGGAGCCUCUCCAAACCAACUAUAGAUUGGGAUGAAGAUGCUACUGCUUACAUUAGAGACACUUAUGCGGACGCCCUCCUCAUUUCGGACACUUGCUAUGCUUCGUCCACUGCUGUGGAAAAUACCACCGGCCCAGAGGUCAUCGCCGCAUCAACAUGGCAUACCGUUGCAGGAGGCGCGCCCUCCACGUUACCAUGGCAUUUUGCUACAGGAGGCGCUCCCCCCACGUCGUUCUCGAAGCUUCUGAUUACCGAACUCAAACGACUCAACGGCAAUCCAGCAUCGGCGGCAUCGAUUUAUGCGGAGAUCCAUCGCAACACGAAACCAUCCGCCGAGGCCACGGCAUGCCCACUGCAUGUCGCAAAGGGUGGCAGAGACAGCAUAGCCCUGUCAAAACUCGGGGCUUCUACGUUUGAAAACCCAACUAUUAUUGGGCCUUUGCAGCCAAAGGAUGAACGCGUCCUUAUUCAGGUUCGCCUGUCAGACCACAACGGCGUUACUACGCCAGAUAUUGGACAGUGGACUGGCUGGUUAACGAGCAACUUGCCAUCCAAUAUCUCGAAAACCCAGAUAUCCACCGAGGGGGUUUUCGAUACGAACUCGGCCCUCAUUCUGCUGGUUUCCAUGCCGUUAGAGGUUUGGACCAUGUUGCCAGAUGGGGAUGAUGCGUAUGGCUUCAUCUCUUUCGUGAGUUCGGGCAAUCGCCUGCUGCCGCGCCAGACGACACUUCCACUACGCAACAUGGAAAACUUGUAA